GGUCAUGUGAAGAUAUUACUGCCAGUGUUGUUUUUUAGUUCUUUUUAUAGUCUUUAUCACAUUUCUAGUAUUUAUUUCUGAACUUUUAAGUUUUUUAUUAAGCUAAAUGAUAUUUAUAGAUGAAUACACGUUAAAAUCUUUCUAAAUUUCCAAUUAGUUCGACGUAUUUGACUUACGUAGUUUUAGGUUACCACAACAAGUUCAUCUGCCAUCUUGCAAAUAGUGAGUUUAUGGUGUUUCAUUGUCGAUCGUUUAAAACAAAGUUUAAAAUUACGGAAUCUGACAAAUGUUUAAAUGGACGGAACGUCCAUUAUUACUCAAGUCACGCGUGAUGAGGAACAAUUAGGAAACUACUCCUCAGAGAGAGUUCAGUUGCCUCGUGUGGACAGUGAGUUAUGUUCUUCAGGUAUAAAAAAGAGAGGGCGAGGUGGUGUCCUAAGGAGCCUUUUAUGCUGCUUUGGAGGUGGUUCUACAGAUGGUAGUAAGGGAUCUGGCGGUCCAGGAGAUGCUGGACGAUACUCACCUCCCCUCAGCCCUGGAUCACCAAGGUUUCUUUUACCUCCUGUCAGGCACCAGGACAUGCACAAAAAGUGCAUGGUUAUUGACUUAGAUGAAACACUUGUCCAUUCAUCUUUCAAGCCAAUCAACAAUGCUGAUUUUGUAGUACCAGUCGAAAUAGAUGGAACUGUUCAUCAAGUGUAUGUGCUGAAAAGACCUUAUGUUGAUGAAUUCUUACAACGGAUGGGAGAACUUUAUGAAUGCAUUCUCUUUACUGCCAGUCUUGCCAAGUAUGCUGAUCCCGUUGCUGAUCUUCUUGACAGGUGGGGUGUUUUUAGGUGUCGACUCUUUAGAGAGUCUUGUGUCUUCCAUCGUGGUAAUUAUGUUAAGGAUCUUAACAAGCUCGGAAGGGAUCUUCAAAAAGUUGUUAUUGUUGACAAUUCACCAGCAUCAUACAUAUUUCAUCCCGACAAUGCUGUGCCUGUAGCAUCAUGGUUUGAUGACAUGACAGACACCGAGAUGUUAGACCUCAUCCCAUUCUUCGAAAAGCUUAGUAAGUCAGAGAGUGUCUACUCGAUGCUGUGCAACUCGAACCACCCUUAUUCUGCUAGUGGAGGAGGAGAUAUUAAUAAUCACAUUUCGUCAUAGCACAACCUUUGCUUCCUCUUCAUAACUUCACCCUGUGCCAACUAUGCCUUCACUAAAUAUUCAGUGUCUUUAACAUAGACCAUUUGUAAAAUUUGUAUGUGUGAAUGUGAAGAUGUAAGUCUUUAUGUAUAUAUGUAUACAAACAAUAAAAAAGUAAUAGGAUAUAUAUAUCCACGCUGUAUGACUGGCAAGAGAAGAAAUUUAUGUAUAACCAAUGUCUCAAAAAGUUUUAUACAUUUGAUAACCUUUGUAGCCAUUAAUUUUGACUUCACCGUGUAAAUAUGUAUUUUCCUCUAGCUAUAUUUCUGUUUAUUUUUUUUUUUUAAUUUGAUUUCCAGUUUUUGUUUUAUUUUUAAAUUCUUAUAAUGCUAGAGGGAAAUAUAUACUUUUUAUAAAUAAGUUUCAAUAAUGUUGCUGAUAAGCAAUGCCUGUACAUAAAAUCGUAAAUAUUGUACUGUAAUAAAGAAAUGAUAAUAUAAAUCUUAUGUUAUUUUUAAAUAUAAUAUUUUU